AUGUUCCAGAACCAGGAUUCCAAGGCAGUGAUGCAGAGCGUGACAACCAGCUGGUUAGCAUCCGCACAGAAUGCUGCCUCUGGGUAUGCCACAGCAGCUCAAAAUGCAGCAACCGGAUACACGCAAGCUGCGCAGGACACAGCUACAGGCUACUAUAAUCAAGCCGGCGAGUACGUGACGGGUGCGAGAGACACGGCCUAUGGAUACGUUGAUAGCGCUGGCAAUUACGUGACUGGUAAUCUGGACAAUGCUGGUAAAAUGGCCGGAGACUAUUCCCGACAAGCGGGAGAGACGAUACAGAGCACGGGCGAGUACGCCGAGCAGCAGGCGCAGGGGUAUAGCGACACCGUCAGCUCGACCGUGAGCAAAACGACCGGAAAGCCAGUGCCCGUGAAGAAAGCGGCACCGGCGGCGAAGAAGGUUCCCGCAAAACCAGCUACACCUGCCGCGCCAGCAGCAGCCAAAAAGGUCCCAGCCAAACCACCGCCAGUCAAGAAACCUGCUGCAUCCGCAGCGCAAACAGAAGAUGCAGACGAUGCUGUCUCAGCACCCGCAACGAAGCCCACCACUGCUCCCCGAGCCAUGAAGAAGCCAAUCCCCCCAACUCCCGGCCCAAGCAAGAAGGCACCAAGCACUACUACACCCGCCACGACAGCAACCAAGAAGCCGAUACCUCCCAAGGCCACUCCGGCCGCAACCAAGACACCUACGACUACCCCGAAGCAGCCACCACCUAAGACAUCGGCGCCCCCUCCAGCUAAGAAAACACCUGCUGCUGCAGCUCCUGCCUCCAAGCCCGCUCCGCCUAAAGCUGCCCCUGUCAAGAAGACCGUGCCAUCUGCUUCUCCUGCCGCCAAAACACCUGUUGCUAAGAAGCCAAUUCCGAGUAGACCUGCUGCGAAAAAGGCACCGGCCGCGGCUGCUGAAGCGUAG